AUGGCUCCUCCCACCGGCCCGCGCAACCCCACAACCACCCAGAGCAGAAAUACUAGAAGCACUACCCGCGGUACUGCCAACACCAAGGGCGCAGGAAUCUCGAAACGUCGAUCUGGACCGAGUCGAAUCGAUAGAGAUGGCGACCUGACGAUGGGAGCCGUUCCCGCGCCCAACGGCGACAACAAGAAGUCAGCCACUGGUCGUGGACGAUCAGGCCCGAGGACAACACGGCAGAAGGCCGUCGCCGCAGCCGAACAGAAGAUUGUCAGGCAUCUUGGUGGCGCCGGUUCCGACCUCGCCGCGCGUAUAUCCGACCUACCAAAGAAGAAAGUGCCGGUCAGAAAGGUUUUCAAAGUCCUCGGGCUAGACAAGAGCAAGGCCGCCAACAACUCCGACCGAGGAGAACGGUCGGCACUGGAAUUCUUGGAGAAAAAGGCAUCUCAUAUCGGCGGGCGAAAAGUCACAAUCGUAAAGUCACACCUCGACCGUGACUUUACUCUCUUCAUCAUGAUCAACGAACAGGACGCCGACGAAAUCAUCAAAGUGAACAACUUUCAGUUCGCCGGAUCGACGCUCAUCAUCGGUGAGGUCGAUGGCGGCUGGCCCUCUCACUGGAAUCGAGAAAUGAAGUCCAAACCAGGUCUUUCAGCAGACACCAAGGAGCGCAAGGCCCAACUACAGCAAGUUCUGGGUCAGCGGUACAAUAUCGAGAGGAAACUCCUUGAUCUCUCCGCCCUUGGACAAGAUCCCAUUCUCAUCGGCAUGGGUUAUCUUGAGGACAAGGAGAGAGCCGAGAAGACCUUCAAGGUGCUCAUGGCUAUCUGCGAUGAGACCUUCCCCACAGCAAAGGCAAAGCGUGAAGCAGUCGAGAGCGUUAGCCUCGCGAACAACAGCAUCGACUGGGUGGGCCAGGUAUUCGCUCUGGCAGAGACAUUCCCAGAUCUGAAACACCUCGACCUAAGCGGAAACCAGUUCAACUCUCUGAAGAGUCUCGGUCGCUGGCGUGGACAGUUCCGCGACCUCGAAACGCUUCUUCUCAACGAGAACCCUAUUCAAGUCGCCGAGCCCAACCACCAAGCCGAGGUGCUCGAGUGGUUCCCGAAGUUGACAACCCUGAGCAACGUUCAAGUCCGAACACCCGAACAAAUCGCUGCUAUGGAAGCUGCCAAGGCUGCCUCGCGUCCGUCUCCAUUACCACAACAUGGUGCCGAUUUCCGCGAUCAAAGUGGCAUUGCAGAGGCGUUCUUGACGCAGUUCAUUCCAAUGUAUGACUCUGACCGAACGCAGCUGGCAUCAUUCUGCUACGAUGAGACCAGCACCUUCUCCCUCAGCGUUACAACCCAUACGCCUCGGAAUCAGGGUGAAGCAGUCCUACCUUGGGCCGCCUACUUGAGAUAUUCUCGCAACCUCACAAAAAUCACCCACACCGCUGCUCGUGUACAGCGUCUUGUGCGAGGUGCGAAAAUGAUCAGCGAGAUGUGGAAAACACUCCCGGUCACUAAGCAUCCCGACCUGAAGACCGAGUUCGGCAAAUACAUUGUCGACUGCCACCCGCUCUCUGGCAUUCCCGACCCUUCCGGCAAUAGCCCGAUGGGUGUCGACGGCCUGAUCAUCUCUUUGCACGGCGAAUUCGAAGAAAUCGACCCAUCGAGUGGGAAGACAGGCAAGCGAAGUUUCACACGAACUUUCGUCCUCGGCCCUGGUGCCCCUGGCCAGAGUCCCAUCCGUGUUGUCAGCGACCUCCUCUCGCUGAGAGCACACAGCCCGGUGCCGCAAGCCACUCCGACUUCAAGCGAGAUGGAGCAGAAACAGCAGAUGGUUGCCGAGCUAUCCAAACAAACCAACAUGAACCCACAAUACUCGGAGAUGUGUCUGAACGAAGUAGGAUGGGACUUCACAAAGGCACUGGCUAAAUUCGCCGAGAUUAGACCAAAUCUCGGACCAGAGGUCUUUAUGGCGACAGCUUAG